UUAUUUAAAAGAUCAUUCUCGAGUGUAGCUUGAGGCCUUGAAAAAGAGACGAGGAAAAUGGAGGAAAACAAGAUGAAGAAGAAAGUGAUGGUGGCAAUAGAUGAGAGCGAGUACAGCCACUGGGCUCUCCAGUGGGCUCUUGAAAACCUCGGUCACACCAUCUCUGCUUCUCAGCUUUUCAUCUUUAACGCUCAGCCUUUGCCCAAUUUUGCUUACCUCUCUGGUUCCACCUACGGUGCUCCUCCUGUGGAUUUGAUCAACACCGUGCAAGAAAACCAGAAGAAGCUCGCUUUAGCUUUGUUGGAGAAAGCCAAGGGCAUCUGCGCCAAUCGUGGGGUUAAUGCAGAAACUAUGACAGAAGUUGGGGACCCUAAAGAGAAAAUAUGUGAAGCUGUGGAAAAGCUCAACAUUGAGUUGCUUAUAUUGGGAAGCCAUGGUCGAGGAGCAAUACAGAGGGCUUUUCUGGGAAGUGUCAGUAACCACUGUGUUCACAAUGCUAAGUGCCCUGUUCUUGUGGUAAGGAAACCAGAUUGGAAAGAUUAGUCUACUGUUUGAUAUCAAGUGAAGUCUCUAUUUGCUAUGAUUGAUUACCAAUUUAGUGUUUUUUAAGUGAAAAAAACUUGUGUUUCCUUCAUAUUUUGUUCAAUAUGUUUGAGGAUUUAAUUAAGGUUGUAAAUAGAUGGAUAUGUAUCCAAAUAAAAAUAAGCUACCAGAUAGAUUAUUAUGGGGUUUGAGUCUCAUUUGAACCAUUUCAAUGAAUAUAAAAAAAAUCAUUUUCCUUUUUAA